CCGGCCGUUCCGGGAAUGGUCGGAAGUACGUCACUGUGGUGCGUUCACUUCCGAGCAGGGAGCGCGCGGGUUGAUUCGUUCUCCUCGGCCGCUUCAGCCUGCUGCACGGAAAUGGCGGGUUUUGGUGCAGUGGAAAAAUUUUUAGUGGAAUACAAGAGUGCUAUGGAAAAGAAGCUGGCAGAGUACAAGUGCAACACCAAUGAAGCAAUCCAACUUAAAUUAGUUCGCUUUGCUGAAGAUCUUGACAAUGACAGCACAACUUUUAAUCCUGAGUACAGCCAUCAAAUAUUUGGUGAUGAUGAAACUGUCUUCGGUUACAAGGGUCUUAAGAUCAUUUUGUACUAUAAUGCUGGUAACCUGUCAACAUUGUUCCGAAUUGAGUAUGCAUCUAAAGUUAGUGAGAAUUUCGACUGUGUAGAGGCAGAUGAUGUGGAGAGCAAAAUUAGAGAAAUCAUUCCUCCAGGAUUUUGUACAAACACAGAUGAUUUUAUUUCAUUGUUGGAAAAGGAAGUUAAUUUUAAACCCUUUGGCACAUUACUUCAUACAUACUCAGUUCACAAUAAGGAAGCAGGAGAAAACAUUACCUAUGAAAUAUACAAGGCUGACAUGACAUGUACAGGCUUUCGAGAAUAUCAUGAAAGGCUUCAGACCUUUUUGAUGUGGUUUAUUGAAACUGCUAGCUUUAUUGACGUGGAUGAUGAAAGAUGGAACUACUUUCUAGUAUUUGAGAAGUAUAAUAAGGAUGGAGCUACGCUCUUUGCGACCGUAGGCUACAUGACAGUCUAUAAUUACUAUGUGUACCCAGACAAAACCCGGCCACGUGUAAGCCAGAUGUUGAUAUUGCCUCCAUUUCAAGGUGAAGGCCAUGGUGCCCAACUUUUUGAAACAGUUCAUAGAUAUUACAUUUCUUCUCCUGUAGUUCUUGAUAUUACAGCUGAAGAUCCAUCUGAAAACUAUGUAAAACUAAGAGAUUUUGUACUUGUGAAGCUUUGCCAAGAUUUGCCUUGCUUUUCACCAGACAAGUUAAUGCAAGGAUUCAGUCAAGAUAUGGUGACAGAAGCACAACAGAAACUCAAAAUAAACAAGCAACAUGCUAGGCGAGUUUAUGAAAUUCUCCGAUUACGUGUGACUGACAUGGGUGAUGCUGAACAAUCCAGAGGCUAUAGACUGGACAUAAAAAGAAGAUUAAUUGGUCCAUACAAGAAAAAGCAGAGGGAUCUUGCAAAGAUGAGAAGAUGUCUCAGGCCUGAAGAGCUGACAAACCAGAUGAAUCAAAUAGACAUAAGCAUGCAACAUGAACAGUUGGAGGAAAGCUUCCAACAACUUGUUUCAGACUACAGGAGAAUAAUAGAACGACUUGCCCAAGCAUAACGAAUCAGCUUUUCUGUACAGGAAUUUGAAGAUUUCUAUACAUUGUGCUGUGAAAAACACCUGUAAUGGCUUCUUAAUUGAAAAAAAUCUUAUGUGACACUUGUAUUUACAUUAAAAGGUUACCUUUUUUGUUUUUCUCUUAUUUGAAGAUUUUCUUCUAGUAGGUUUGGAAUUAUAGGUUCUAAGAUAUUGUUUGUAUUCUAGGAGCACUCACUGCUAAAUAAAUCACAGGUAUAGUUUAUAAAAUACCCAUCACUGCUAUUUCUUUUCGUCUUAAAUAAGCAUUCAUAAUGCUAACUUGGAAAUACCAGGUUGUAGUAAUAUAACUACUCUUUAAAAUGAAGAAGUAAGGCAAAAUAAGGAAUAUAGUACUCAGCAUUAAAUAUCCUCAGAUGCUAAUAGUGUAAGGCAUUAAAAAUCACAGUGCCAUUUUUUUUCUAGAGUAUUAUAGAACUAGAAAAUUAGGUUUUCCUAUGCUUUUUCAAUUAUCUUUCCCUGUAUAAAAAAUUUAUUAUUAUUUUUUUGCUUAGCUGAUUCUAUUUUGAGAUGUAGGGUUUUUAAAUAGACAUAUAAAAGAUAUAAUCUUUUCUUCUAUCCCUAAACUACAGCUGGGGGAAAAAAAUUAAAUGGCUUCAUAUUUGUGGAUUAGAGGGAAUAAAGAAUUUUUGCACAAAAUCUGAGUCAUCAGGUGCCUUACUGGCUUAUUAAACCCCUUUAUGUGUAUGGAGGGUACAGAUAAAAAGAAGAUUUCUCACUGUCUUAUUUUACUUGGGGACAUUGUUCUCAUCUUGGGAUUUUUUUUUUUUUUUAAAGUUUGGGAAAAUGCAGACCUUCCCCAAAAAUCUUCGAUUUUACAUAGAUUUGUUUGGAACCAACAUAUAUAGUAACAGUAAAAUAGGACUGAAGUCCUACUUUACUUGAACCUGUAUUUUUUUUUUUUUUUGAACCUGUAUUUUUUGCAGUAACAAAAACAAUUAUUAGUAUCUUUGGUCCUUGACAGAAGGAAGAGAUUUUGGUUUUAUAGAGGAAGACACUGAGGCCCAAAGAGGACUUGCCCGCUGUCACAGAGGCAUUAUGUGGCAAAGGUGGAUUUAAAAUACUUGCAUCUAAAUCAAGUCUUUUCCUCUGUACCAGAGGUGGAGAAUGUCUAGCCCAUAAGCUGAAUAAAGCCUACAAAAUCAUGUGCUAAGACAACUGUAGGCAGUGAGGAACUAAAGAUAGGUGCAACAACCUCCUUGAGUUCUAUAAAUUGAUAAUUUUAUGUGGCCCACAAUUGAUAUUAAAAGUAUCCAAAUGGCUCUUGCUCUAUACCAUGCUGAGGUUUAGAAAUAUGGGAAUGUUGAGAGACUCAACCUGUAAAUCAGAUUGAAUUAGAUUUAAGUUCACAGCUGGAGUUGGCAAACAGAAUAUUUUUUUACACUUUUAAUAAAAAUUACAUUGUAUUCAA